AUGUCCGUUCUUCGCCAUCAUGGAGACGCCUACCUCCAACGCCGUCUCACCAAAAUGUACACAGAUACUAAAACCUCCUGCGAGAGUGUGACCACGGCUUCCCACGCUGUUGAUGAUCCCGAACUGAUCAACUUGCACCGCGACUUCAAGACGCAGAGAGACAGGUUGCUGGCCUGGGGCUUGGAUUGGAGCGAUGCCAGUGCCGCCCAGCCCAACGACAUCGACGAGUCAUUGACCCAAGCGGGCUACAGUGAUGUGGUAGCGAGUGUUAUGUCAUCCAUUCAGGAGCUUCUCAAUGAGGCGGAACGGCUCCAGCAUGGCGACGCCGCCUCCGAUCUUCCACCCAAAGGUCAUAGUAAGACGGAUGCGACGAAGAGCAGUCUCGACAACCUGCCAGUCAGGUCCCAUUGGACGAGCGAGGAGAUUACUCGCUCUAAGACCUUGCUCGUCGACCUGACCGGCUGUAUCGAUACUCUCUAUGACCUCUCGCGCUCGCGACGAGACAUGAACGCCAAUAUGGCAGCCGGUGGUCAAAUCGCCGCUAAAGGCCGAUCUCGGCCCGCGGCGCCCACUGACUAUUCCCUUCUCGACACCAAAGCAUAUCACGGAGCUUCUUUCGAUAGUAAGCAAGCGUAUAUGAACCAGCAAGAGCCUUUUGACUAUUCGCCAUCAUCCACCUUGCAAGGAAAGUUCGAUAAGCUGUCUUCGGAGAAGGCUUCUUCAUCUUUGAAGAAGUAUGUCAUUGAUCGUACUAAGCUGCAGCUUGCCGGCGUCUCUCAUGACAACAAUCCUCCACCGUACGAGCAGGUUGCUGCUUCCACCAACUCCCGAGCGGUCGGGCGCAUGCCGACAUCAGCAUCGCCAUUCUUGCAAGGGACGAAAGACUCGUCGGUCACGAUUCUGGUUGAGUACACUCCCAUGAUGCUCGAAGCUUCUGGGCCUGGUACUUCUCCGGAGGCGAAGCGCUUAGAUCACGUACAUCAAACUCUCGAGCAACUCGCCCAAAAUGCUCGGGUCUCCCAUCUAGGCUUGAUGAAGUUCUUGGGCUAUUAUGUCGACAUGCCCAAUUCUCGUUAUGCGUUCAUCUACCAGAUGCCAGUCGAUUACUUCCCUUUUCUACAAAAUCCUACCGAUCUUCUGAACGGCUUGAAGCCAAGAACUCUGGUUUCGAUGUUCCAAGCGGGCGAUGACUACCAGGUGCCCAACUUGGAAACCAGGUUCCGCUUGGCGUACGAUCUCUUGAUGGCGGUCCUGCAAUUGCGAAGCCAGAACCUCGUCCACGGAAAUAUCAACAGUAGCAAUGUCCUCAUCUUCCCUGGUCUGACUACCUCAAAAAGCCACGAAGUAGGACUUACUGAAAAUCUGCGCCGUCCCUACCUGACCUCGUUUUCCCAUAUCUCAAGCAGUGGCCCGUCUUCGGAGCCGUUGUCCUCCAGCAUGUAUCGCCAUCCUGACGACAAGAGAUCGACUAGUGACGACGCGGCCUGGGCAUACGAUCUCUAUUCACUCGGAUUAGUGUUAUUGGAAAUCGGUCUAUGGAAUCCCAUCAGCCGCAUCUGGAAGAUGAAAUACAACAAUUCCAUCUUCAAACAGCGCAUCGAAAGCGUUUACUUGCAGAAAUUGGCGCCCAAAUGUGGUAGUGCAUAUCUUCAUGUGGUACAGCUUUGCCUUGAUGCACCGAACUUCCACCUCUCCACCCAGCCGUUUGAUGAUCUGGCGCUUCGAGUACCGCAGACGUUCCAUUACCCCGUCCUGGAUCUGUCGGCUCCAGACAGCAUCUUCUCCUUCUCGAUGAACUUCCUCUAUACGAUGUGCAAGAUCAUGUGGUCUUGCUGCAGGAUGGACAUGUUCUCUGCCCCUGAGGCCGAAGAGCUAGAUGAUUACCUUCCCCUUGCUCUCGUUCCCGGCCUAGGCCCGGCUGCCGCACAAGAGCCCGUGCAAGAGUAUAGCUCGACCGCGAACAACCUGGCGGCAUACAAAGCCUCAUAUGCGCCGCUCCCUACUUCGGAAAUCAGACAGGUGCGAGAUCAAUCAUCCUUGGAUGACCGGAGAGUACGGAAACGAACUUUCAAAAAAUUGUCCAAUAUCGAGAUUCCCCAGGAUCAUCUGAAUAGUUGGAACUUUCACAUGCUUCCACGAUUGAGGAAGCUUCUGCAGAAGAUUUUGAAGGACUCGACCGAGUCUUGCAGUGUGACGCUCAUGAUGACCGGCGAGUCAGCGGACAAUGCCAGAACCACAAUCUGCGUCACUUGUGCCAGCACUAAGAAAGUCAGGGCGGCACUCAAAAAGUACUUUGUUCUCGACAGCGAUGAUUGGGACCUUAUUGUGCUCCGAGGUGAUGUUCAGCGAUCCAAAGUGCCCCGCAAAAAGCGCCGCAAGCCGGCAAGAACCGGACCUGAUACUUCUGACUCGCCUGCAUAUGCUCAGCAAGACCCAAAUCCUUGUUAUCAGGAGCGGCCCCUUUGCGGUGCAUCGAUAGGCGCAUUUAUGAAUGAGGAGCACCUGCCACCCGUCACCUAUGGCGGGGCCAUCAUGGUAGAUGGUAUGCCAUAUGGCAUGACGGUGCACCACAUGCUGGAGUCACCUAGUGAUCAAGAGGACGAAGAUGACCCUGAUGAUGGUGGCCCUUUGCGCUCUGCGGGGAACUGGCCCCGACAGGAGAUCGCUCCGCAGGGUGCGCAGUUCAUGUAUUCUUGGCGUGACGACACUCGAUCAGAUGUCGGUUCGGACCUUGAGCUUGAGGUUUCGGAAGACGAGGACGACGACGAUCAAUCAGUUUCACACAGCCUUGACGAAGCUUACGACGACUUUGAUCUCUCUGAAGGAUACUCGUCCGACGAGGAUGAUCCAAACGCAGAUGAUGCGUACGACGACGAGGACGCAGCGUCAGUUGGAGACACAUCGGGCGUCGAACCCGGCGACGAGCCACUGUUGUUUGUCACGCAACCUGCGAUCGAUGAUGUCGACGAGAACUUCUUCCCGUCUCUGGAAGAUCGCGACGAUGAACACUUGGCGUCUCACGCUUUCGGAUUCGUUCAUGCCUCUUCGGGCGUCCGACGGUGGACUCGCAAAGGGCUUAGACAUGAGAUCGAUUGGGCGUUGAUAAAAAUCAACGAUAAUCGCAUAGAUGUUCGUAACGUUGUAUUUGACCGGACAUCGCGUCCAAAUCCUUACCACCAGAGGCACGGUGUUCAUGGUCCGCCCGAAGCCAUCCAUCUCAACAACAUUGCUCGACUCGAAGACCUCGGUGGCCUCAAGGUCCAUUGCUGCGGUCGAACCAGCGGCCUCCAAACGGGCCAGAUCUCCAGGGCAAUGACGCUGGUGAAAUUGCACGGGCGCCAGACAUUUUCAAUCAGCUUCUGCGUGGAUGGGAGUUUUGGAGUCCCCGGCGACUCAGGCGCAUGGGUCUUCGAAAAACACACCGGGCGCGUAUGCGGACACGUUCUCGCCUGGUCGGAAAAGAGCCAUACGGCCUACAUCGCCCCAAUGGAGAUUCUGCUGGAGGAUAUCGCUCGCACCCUCAAUGCGACCUACAUCUCUCUCCCGGGCAACAACCGCGACGGAGCGAUCUCGUACAGCUUGCCCCAACCGACUCCGGGGCCUGACCAUUAUCACCAUCAUCACCACCCGGUGGCUCCCAAUGCACGCUACAAUGCUCCACCUCCUGUUCCUGACCAGCUCGGCGUUGACUUUGGACACCUGCGUUUAGACCCCCAAGGCCACCACCCGCCCGGAAGAGGCCCCGUCCACUCCAGUCGCAGUCUCCAUGAAGCAGCAACGGCAGCUUCAAAUCCUUACGGAGGGAUGGCGGCGCCUAUUCUGUCUCCACCACGGAGUCUCGAAAGACAACUCGCCUGAACUUUCUCUUCAUCCUUUCCUACUUCUCCCUUACCUACUUUCUCAUUCUGACCUUUUUUGACACACCCAGAAUGACACACUCUCACCAUUAUACCCAUACUACCCCCACCUACUCCACAUGACACCAUCUGAUGACCCGAAACGAGUGGAUUCAAAGAAUAUAAUACCCCAUUUGCACUUGCUGUACUUUUUUUUUUUUUCCUUCUUGCUGGCCAUGUGUCCUGCCACCUGUGUGUCUGUUUAUCUAAUCUCUUUGAUACCUUUGCCUCCAUGCCCCCGUCUGCGGGACUGUCCUGACCAAGCGAAAUUGGUCACCACAACUACUUUUACAGUCAUACUCAAAGCACAAGCAUAGACAUAAGCCUGCUCUGGUAUUGUGCCGCAAAAUGUGUGCGUGCGGCACGGGCGUGUCGGGAAAUAUGGUCCUCUCUCUUAAAUCUAUACAAUCCACACCACACGAAUGGUAAAUAAUUAGCCUCGCAAUGCAUCAAAUCCAG